UCAAGGGGUCAGAGACGAAGGCUGGCAGCAGAGACAAGCCCAGAGGAGAACACACAGAGCCAUGCGGCCAGAGACGCUGGCCCUCAGCUGGGCCGUCGCCGCCACCCUGGUGCUACAGGCACUGACCACGGCCAAGUGCACCUCACAGACCCUGCAUGGCAAGGCCAGGGUGUUCAAAGACCUGAGCGCCCAAGAGCUGAAGGCCGUGCGCCGCUUCCUCUGGUCCCAGGAGGAGCUGAGGCUGGAGCCCUCUAGAACACCAACGGUGGCCAAGAACUCCGUGUUCCUCAUUGAGAUGCUGCUACCCAAGAAGCAACACAUACUGAGAUUUCUGAAUAAAGGUGGAAGGCCUCCUGUUCGGGAGGCGCGUGCUGUCAUCUUCUUCGGAGCCCAGGAGCAUCCCAAUGUCACCGAGUUUGCGGUGGGGCCCCUGCCAUGGCCCUACUACAUGCGAGAGCUGCCCCCCAGGCCUGGGCACCGCACCACGUGGACCUCCCGACCCAUCACCUGGGCAGAGUCUGUCCUCCUGGGCCAGACCCUGCAGAAGACCACCAAACCCCUGCACCAAUUUUUUCUUAAUACCACAGGCUUUUCCUUCCAAGACUGUGACUCUCGAUGCCUAACUUUCACAGACGUGGCACCUCGGGGCUUGGCCUCCGGUGAGCGCCGCUCCUGGUUCAUCCUACAGCGCUCUGUAGAAGGCUACUUUUUGCACCCCACUGGCCUGGAGCUCCUCAUAGAUCACAGGAGCACAGACCCCCAAGACUGGAAAGUGGAGCAGGUCUGGUACAAUGGAAAGUUCUACCGGAGCCCGGAAGAGCUGGCACGGAAGUAUGAAGAGGGACAGGUGGAUGUGGUGGUUCUGGAGGACCUUCCCCCCAAGGGCCAGGGCAGGGAGAGCACCCAGGAACCACCCCUCUUCUCCUCCUACAAGCCACGUGGGGACUUCCCCACCCCCAUCACCGUGAACGGCCCCCGGCAGGUGCAUCCCCAAGGCCCCCGCUACAAGCUGGAGGGCAACACAGUGCACUACGGCGGCUGGAGCUUCUCUUUCAGGCUGCGUUCCUCCUCGGGGCUACAGAUCCUGAACGUGCACUUCGGCUGUGAGCACAUCGCCUAUGAGGUGAGCGUGCAGGAGGCCGUGGCACUGUACGGAGGGCACACGCCUGCAGGCAUGCAGACCAACUACAUCGACGUGGGCUGGGGCUUGGGCAGCGUCACUCACGAGUUGGCCCCCGGCAUCGACUGCCCGGACACGGCCACCUUCCUGGAUGCCCUCCACUACUACGACGCCGAUGACCCCGUGCGCUACCCGCGAGCCCUCUGCGUGUUUGAGAUGCCCACAGGCGUGCCCCUUCGCCGACACUUCAAUUCCAACUUCAGUGGGGGCUUCAACUUCUAUGCCGGGCUGCCGGGCCAGGUGCUGGUGCUACGGACGACGUCAACCGUCUACAACUAUGACUACAUCUGGGACUUCAUCUUCUACCCCAACGGGGUGCUGGAAGCCAAGAUGCACGCCACUGGCUACAUCCAUGCCACCUUCUACACCCCCGAGGGGCUGCACUAUGGGACCCGCCUGCACACACACCUGCUUGGCAACAUGCACACUCACUUAGUGCAUUACCGCAUUGACCUGGACGUGGCAGGCACCAAGAAUAGUUUCCAGACCCUGCAGAUGAAGCUAGAGAACAUCACCAACCCCUGGAGCCCAAGACACCACCUGGUCCAAUCAACCCUGAAGCAGAUGAGUUACCACCGGGAGCGCCAGGCAGCCUUCCGCUUCGGACAGACUCUGCCCAAGUACCUGCUCUUUACUAGUCCCAAGGAGAACCGCUGGCAUCAUAAGCGCAGCUACCGGCUACAGAUCCACUCCAUGGCCGACCAGGUGCUGCCCCUGGGCUGGCAGCAGGAGCGGGCUGUCACCUGGGCCAGGUACCCCCUGGCAGUGACCAAGUACCGGGAAUCAGAGGUGUGCAGCAGCAGCAUCUAUAACCAGAACGACCCCUGGGACCCACCUGUGGUCUUUGAGGAGUUUCUCCACAACAAUGAGAACAUUGAAAACGAGGACUUGGUGGCCUGGGUCACCGUGGGUUUUCUGCACAUUCCCCACUCAGAGGACAUCCCUAACACUUCCACACCGGGAAACUCUGUGGGCUUCCUGCUCCGGCCUUUCAACUUCUUCCCUGAGGACCCAUCCCUGGCGUCCAAAGACACCGUAAUUGUGUGGCCUCGGGACAGUGGCCCCAACUACGUCCAGCGCUGGAUCCCUGAGGAGGAUGGGGACUGCUUAAUGCCUGACCCUUUUAGCUACAAUGGAACCUACAGGCCUGUGUGAAGGACCCUCUGCCCCCAAAUAACCCCACCUAGAAGCCCAACUGCCCCUCAGCGACAGACAAUAAAGCCCUUCAGGGCUCAGCGCCAUGUGCUGCUUCUUGGGGGGAGGCAUGGGAGGCUGGGCCACACACCAGGCCCUGAGUGUAGGACACCCUCAGAUGAGAGAGCCUUCACCACCCUUCCCUUUGCUCUGCUCAAUCCUGGAAAAGACCUCCAUCACUGAGUGACGCUCACUGAAAUACUAGAGUUACCUACCAGAUUGGUUUUAAAAAACAGAUUGGCAGCUCCCCCUCAGGAGUCUGCAGGGGACUCUGGGAUGUCACUGGGAUGGGCCUGCAAACUAGUGCGGUGGUAGGAGGAUGCUACAGAAAAUGGACCAAAUGGCCAACAACUCUACCCUGCGAUACACUGGUCCAACUCCUAGGGUUUUAUCCCAGAGAUCUCCCUACAAACACAGGAAAAGCAUAUGCACGCACUGAUUCACUGCAGUACCAUUUGUAAUAGCAAAGUCUGGAAGCAACCCAAAAGUCCAACUACAAGAGAGAUCCUGCAGGUCUGAAAAAAACACAACAUACAGCCACACAAUGCAAUUCUAGGCGAUUGUAAAAGAAAUCUCUGUACUGGUGGGGAAAGAGCUGCAGGAUAGAAAGACAGGCAAGGGGAUGAGUAACGCCUGUUGGCUUAGUCUGGUCAAAAUCCCACCGAGUGCUGUAACAAAAUCCCACUGAGUGCCUUACGAACAGUAGAAGUCUACAGCUCAUGGUUGUAGAGGCUGAAAGUCCAAGAUCAGGGUCCCAGCAAGGUUGGGAGAGGGCCCUCUUCUGGGCUGCAGACUUCUGACUUCAGUACUCACAUGGUGGAAGGUGGGGAGCCCUCUGGAGUUUAUAACAACAUUGAUCCCACUCAUGAGGGCUCCAUCCUCCUGGCCUAAGAACCUGCCAAAGGUCCCCAAGUCCUAACAGAAUCACACUGAGUGUUAGAAUUGCAAUAUGUGAGCUGUAGGAAGGGGGGGCCCUACACACUCAAGCAGUAGCACCUGAAGGUGAUGGGGAGAAGUGAAUGACACAGGGGAUGAAACAGGAGUCCUCAAUGUAAAUCUUUCUGCAUUUCUGUUGGGGGUUUUGUGGGGUUCUGUUGUUGCCCUUGAGAGCAGAGUCUGCAGGAUCCAGAGGGCAGAAUGGGGACAGUGGGGCAAUGUUGACGGGAGGGCCAGUGUCUGGGUUUGUCUGGACCUGCAAGCUCCAGGGAUUGAUAAAGCAGCCUGCUUCCUCCUGGGUCCCUACCCGUCCCCAGGCUUUCUCCUCCAAUCCCAAAGAGAAGAAUACAUGGGGAAAAUAAUCAGCCCACAGAUGUGGUUCUCUCUUUUCUCUCCAUCACAUCUCUGAAUGAAGACUUGGUGCCAUUCCCACCUAGGGGUUGGCCUAUCCCUCCCAUUCCUGUUCUUUAUCAUCCAUCCAAAGGGGGGAAGGGGGAGCCAUCAUUCCCUCCUCUACGUGCCAUGCACCCCGCUGGUGGGAAGAUCUGAGACUUGAGUUUGGGCUUUGGAGGGGCUCACAGAACAGUCUCCAACUCCCUUAUCUGCUGUAGUACCCCCUAAAGGGAAGCUGCAUGGGCUCACCCACCAGGCUGGGGGCCCACCCCUAGCUAACUAUCAGUUGAACUUGUUUUCCUCUGCCAUUGUUCUGGUUGCCUGUUCCUACCAGGAAUCUGGUGGAAAGGUGUGGCUGUGGUCCAGGCAACAUGACCCUGGGCUCCCUGGUGCCCAAGGGAUGCUAAUCAAGCAAACAAACUUGCAUUGUGCUUAAUAUUCCAGGAACCCACUGGAGUAGCUCUUAUUUGUAUAGCAGUGAGAAGGCAAACCCUAAGCUUUCCAUCUUAACACCGUUCAGACAAACAUUACAGGAUUUGGACAAAGCACUUUUGUAACAACAGAUACAAUAUUUAAAAUAUCAACCUUUUUUAUCUCAGUCAUUUUUUGAAUUUUUGAAAUUAUCUGAAUUGUUUAAAAGCUUUGGAACUACUAAAACAUAAAAGAUUAUGAAUAUCCACAACAGAAAAAGGGAAAGAGCACAUUUUUAAGCAUUAGGGGAGAAAAUCUAAUCUUCAUAAAAAGGGUUAGUAGUUCAGCAGACAAUAACUUUUUCUAAAGAGGAGCCAGGAAAUGCACUUGCUUUGAAAAUAUUUACUUUCAAUUAACCUUCAGCUUUACUGGAGAAGCUGUUGGCUGUGCUUGAAAAAAUUCUUUUAUCCCCCCUCAUCUUAUUUUCCUUGAGUUAAGAGGAGUGUCUUCAACACCAGCCAGUAUGCUUAUCGUGAGUAUGCUACAUCCUAACAUCAUUCUAACAUCUGCCAAAUUCCAUUACUAACCCAGAGCUUAGCAACAACAACAAAAGGAAUAGUACCUAAAAUGAUCGGUUUUCAACAACAAAAAAUUCUAAGACAUGCAAAGGAACAGGAUGCCCCUAUACACAGCGGAGGGGGGGAGCAGAAAAAAGAAACUAUCCGUGAGGGGACCCAGAUGUAGAACUUAGCAACAAAAGGAAAGCAGCCAUCAUAAGUACGUAUAAAGAGCAGAGGGAAACCACGCUUGAAGAAGUAAAAGAAGCUGGGACAAGGUCUCAGCAAACAGAGAAUAUCACUAUAGAGACAGAAAUUAUUUUUUUAAAGAUUGUAUUUAUUUAUUCAUGAGAGACAGAGACAGAGAGAGAGAGAGAAAGAGAGAGAGAGAGGCAGAGACACAGGCAGAGGGAGAAGCAAGCUCCAUGCAAGGACCCCGAUGCAGGACUCAUUCCCGGUUCUCCAGGAUCACGCCCUGAACCGAAGGUAGAUGUUCAACCACUGAGCCACCCAGCAUCCCAAAAUUAUUUUUUAAAAGAACCAAGUGGAGGGGCACCUGGGUGGCACAGUCAGUUGGGCAUCCGACUCUGUUCUGGUUCAGGUCGUGAUCUCAGGGUUGUGGGAUCGAGCCCCGAGUUGGGUUCUGAGCUCAGUGGUGAGUCUGCUUGGGAUUCACUCCCCCUCUCCGUCUGCCUCUCCCCCUCUUCUAAAAUAAAUAAAUAAAUAGAUAGAUAGAUAGAUAGAUAGAUGAUAGAUAGAUAGAUAGAUAGAUAGAUAGAUAGAUAGAUAGAUAGAUAGGGAUCCCUGGGUGGCACAGCGGUUUGGCGCCUGCCUUUGGCCCAGGGCAUGAUCCUGGAGACCCGGGAUCAAAUCCCAUGUCAGGUUCCUGGUGCAUGGAGCCUGCUUCUCCCUCUGCCUAUGUCUCUGCCUCUCUCUCUCUCUCUCUCUCUCUCUGUGUGUGUGUGACUAUCAUAAA